AUUUUUCUUCUUAGUUUUUGGUCUGAUCACAUUCUUGUCUCUUCUUCCUGCAAAAACCCAUUUCUCACAAAAACCCUAAUCUCUUUUGGGGUUUCUUCCUCUGUUUACAGUGUGGGUUUGUGCUGGAUUUUAGAUUUAUGGGUUCUUAAGAUGUUACAAUUGUGUUUUGCCUACCUAAUUGGACUGAUUUUAGAACCGGCAUUUGGAAAAGGAAGAAAUGGGAGUAAUGAUAACGGGAAGGAAGAAAAAGACUAUCCCUUCAAUGGAUAGAAUUGUGCGGCAUGCGGGUGUUAACAGCAGUAUAACAGAAAAGAAUUUAUUGCCUAAUGAUCUUGGAGGGGUCAUAUUUGGAUGUACAAGAUACACCAUGGAGGAAUGUCUCUCCAACCAGAUAUUUGGUUUACCGGCUUUCCACAUUGCAUACAUAAAGAACAUCAAACCUGGCUUGCCACUAUUCUUGUUCAAUUACUCUGAUCGAAAAAUGCAUGGAAUAUAUGAAGCUGCAAGCGAUGGCGAAAUGAAUAUCAACCCAUAUGGAUGGAGUGAAAAUGGUCAAGAGUUUACUAAAUAUCCUGCACAGGUACGCAUAUGCAUCCGAAAGCAAUGCAAGCCAUUGUUAGAAAACCAGUACAAACCAAUAAUCAUAGACAACUAUUACACUGAAGGUCAUUUUUGGUUUGAGCUUGACCAUUCUCAGACCGGUCGUUUGAUCUGGCUGUUUGAAUCCUCGCCCAUAGCUGUCCCUGUGUAUCCUCAGGCUGCACCCAAGCAGAAAUUGGCUUCUAAACCUAGUAAGAAAGUUGAAUGUGAAGAUUCAUGGGAGACAGCUUCAGACAGUACUGUGACUAAAUUGAAUCAGCAUGAGGUAGCAAUUGAGCCUCCAGCUAAGCUUCCACAGUAUAAGUCAAAGUGGAAUGUUCUUCAAGAUAUGAACUCCGCGUCUGAUGAAUAUGAAGAGGAAGCUCCGAGCUUUUAUGAUUCAGAGGAUGAUACUCGGGAUUUGCAGACCAGCUUUGAGUUUGGUUCAUCAAGUCCUACUCCAUGUGAUGAUGAAAACAACCAGAAUUUGGAACUUGAUUAUAGUAAGGUUCAGGAAGAAUAUGUGGAGGAACUUGUCUAUGGUAAACUAUCGCAGAUGGUUAAUGAAAGAGAGAAGGAAAAUUGUGAUUCAGUAGGUGAUGAAGAAAAUAUUGGUGUGUCGUAUGAUCUGACUACCCCUGCGGAUUUCAAUUGUGAGCCAGAGUUACCAAUAUUUAAUUCGGAGAAGCAUGAAGUUGUCUCAACCAAUUCUUCUGAUGCUCGUCUUGUAAACAACCAGAAUUUUCAACCUGAUUUAAAUAAUGCUGAGGAAGAAAAUGAGGAGGAACUUGUCUACUGUAAACUAUUGCAGUUGGUUAAUGAAAGAAAGAAGGAAAAUUGUGAUUCAGUAGGUGAUGAAGGAAAUGUUGGUGCGUCGUAUGAUCUGACUAGCUCUGCGGACUUCAAUUUUGAGCCAGAGGUACCAAUAUUUAAUUCGAAGAACCAUGAAGUUGUCUCAACCAAUUCUUCUGAUGCUCGUCUUGAAAACAACCAUAGUUUGGAACCUGAUUUAGAUAAGGUUGAGGAAGAAAAUGAGGAGGGACUUGUCUACCGUAAACUAUUGCAGUUGGUUAAUGAAAGAGAGAAGAAAAAUUGUGAUUCAGUAGGUGAUGAGGAAAAUGUUGGUGCGUCAUAUGAUCUGACUAGCCCUGCGGACUUCAAUUGUGAGCCAGAGGCACCAAUAUAUAAUUCGGAGAAGCAUGAAGUGCUCUCAACCAACGCUACAAAUACUCACUUCGUCUCACGUACCUCUUCUGGUGUCCGGUCUAUUUUAGAUGAGUUGAGGAAAGAGGUUUAUGAGGUUAAAGUUCAACAACUGCAAAUGACUAGUCAAUUGGAGAUGAAACUGACUAAGGCAGAGGUUCAAGUUCAACAGUUGGCAGAGUGUAUCACAAAACUGGAGUCUCAGCUGAGUCAGUCCAUUGCAUCUGUAAAGAGUCUAAAGACAGGUUAUGCUGAUACCAUGGACAUGGAGGAGUUCCUUGGCAAUAAUAAGCUGGUAUUCUUAUUUGGUGGUUACGAUGGCGCUUCUUGGUUGUCAACCGUGGACUGUUAUUCACCUCUCAGUGACACCAAGAAAUCUUUAGGGCCAAUGAACAUAGCCCGUUCAUAUGCCGCAGCUGCUGCCCUCUGCGGUGACAUUUAUGUACUUGGUGGUGGAGAUGGUAAAUUGUGGUUCAAUACAGUUGAAUCUUACAAUCCACAAAGAAACGAGUGGACUCCCCGUCCUUCAUUAGCCCACAAAAAGGGAUGCUUAUCCGGGGUGACUUUGGGGAACAAAAUUUUUGCAAUCGGUGGUGGAGACGGUGUUAAUUGCUUUUCGGAUGUAGAAAUGUUUGACCCAGCUGUUGGAAAGUGGAUCCCUACUCAGUCCAUGCAUCAAAAGAGAUUUUCUAGUGCUGCAGCAGAGCUCAACGGUGCAAUUUAUGCUGUUGGGGGAUUUGACGGAGAAAACUACUUGAAUUCAGUUGAACGAUUUGAUCCGAGAGAAGUAGUUUCUUGGUCCAGCAUCCCAAGUAUGAACAUUCGAAGAGGCUGUCACUCCUUAGUCGCUAUGAAUGAGAAACUUUACGUGUUAGGAGGCUAUAACGGAGAGAACAUGGUUUCAAGCGUUGAGGUAUUUGAUCCUCGUAAGAACUCAUGGAUAGUAAGUGAUGAAAUGAAGGAAGCUAGAGGAUAUGCAACUGCAGCAGUCAUUGAUGAAUCAAUCUUUGUUAUCUCAGGGCUGAAAGAUGUCAAAAUGUUAACAGAAACGGUGGAGUGUUACAAAGAAGGUCAGGGUUGGUUCGUGGCUAAUUUUAAGGGUGCAGGGAAGAGAUGCUUCUUCACCGCAAUUUCCAUGUGAAUUACCGCUGCUGCAUGAGGUUAGGAGGCGACGGAAUUUUAAGUUUUUGUUGAUCCCUGGUGGGCUUUUGUAGGUAAAUAUUAGUAUCCCCAUUAGGCCAUUAUAUUUAUAUAUCCUAGUUACCAGUUAGACACAAAGUGAAUUAUAAAACAACAAAACAGAGAAAGCAGAUAAAAGAAAAAUAUUUCGCAGGUACUUUUUUUUUACGGUGAUUAUUAUUACUAAAAGCAAACAUGUAUAGGUAAAACCAGCAAUGCUGUUGAAGUGUUCUUCUGGUUACAAUUGAUUAUUAUUA